AAAGAAAGUUAAAAAACCGGGGAAUGCAACGAUUUUAAUUCCAUGAUUGUUAGGCAAAUCAAUUUUUUUUUUUACUGUUUGUUACCCUCUUUAUUGGUCAUCUUUAUAAAAGUGCGCAUACCUUUUAUCUGUUGCUCUCCCCCCAGUAACCUUUAUCUUCUUCUUUUACUUCAAUACACACUUUCCCCCCAAUUAAAAUUCAUUUUUAUAUACACUCACUUACCAUUCCUUAUGAGCAACAACAAAAAAAAGGGCCAUCCAUUAUCAUCGGUCCAAAUAAUUCCAAGUGUGCAUGAAUAUUAUCGUAAACAUCGUUUUAGAUAAAUAAAAAUAUAUCGUGCAUCACUACUGCUUUCUUUUCUCUCUCUCUCCCUCUCACACAACUCAAUGCAGGCAGACAAUAAACUUUUUUUUUUAUUUGGUAAACGUUUUUUUUUUUUAGACAAUAAAUCCCUUAAUAAAAGUUACAAGUAGCUAAAUGCAGCUUCAUUUUCUUACUCUGUUCUCGAGUAACUAAGCAGGGAAAACCUGUUAUUCUAAUUGUAUUUCUGUGUUUUCGGCAAAU